AAGGCGAGCAGUCGGUUUAACUCUGCAAUUCUUCUUGGUGAACUUCGCAAAGGUCAGACUGAGUCAUUCCGUUGCACACAAGAGCAUCACUUCACACGCCCGUGCGGGAUUUUUCCGUCGACCUAAGUUUUUUUUUUCUCGCUUCAUCCAAAAUCUUCUAACCGCUCCAAAAUGAACGGUGCAAACUUAUGUGAAACUUUUGCGCUCCCAGGAUAAAACUGAAAAGUUUUUCCGUAGUCGUUGUUUUAUUUUCACAUUCUUUUGGGUUUUGCAAAAACUUAAUACGGACAGAAAAAAACAUUCCGUACUGAACUACUGACAUUUAUUUAUCCAUUGGUCUCCGGUAUUGGAAAAAGAAAGACUUCAUGAAACUUUUGGAUAAAUCCCGUCGUCUUAAAUUCAAUGCAAGUUGGUAAGUUUCCUAAGACGUGCGUAUUGGCUUUCAACUUCUUUCGUAGUUUGGAAAGUUUUUCGUUGGUAAGCCGUGCUGAAACCUAAAGUGGAGAUGCAAGCCCGUCGGCGAAUCAAGCAGUCUAUCUCCCCUCUUCUUCUGCUCUUCCUUUUUGUCCCACCAAUGGUCUUGUCUCAACAAGAUCUUGAAGAUGAAAAUUUUGCCGUGUUCGAAGACCCGAUGACAGAGAAAUUUAAUCAUUUGACAGUUCACGACUACACUGAAAAAGUGUACAUCGGUGCUGUCAAUAGAAUCUACCAGCUUUCUCGUGAUCUCAAAUUGGAAGCCAUUGCCGUGAUGGGUCCUCAAGAUGAUAGUCCAAAAUGUCCUGUAACCAGGAUAUGUCCCAACGAAGCGAAGCGGCCUACCGACUAUCACAAUAAAGCACUGGUUAUUGAUUAUCCGCAAAGUCGUUUGAUUGCAUGUGGGAGUCUUUUCCAAGGUAUCUGUACCGUGCACAACCUCAAUGAUGUCACAAAUUUUGUGACCCCUGCCAAUGAAUCAGUUGUAGCCAAUAAUUCCACGGCCUCUACUGUGGCUUUCAUAGCUCAAGGACCGAAGAGCUUACCACGGAUGCAUGUCCUUUAUGUUGGUGUGUCGUAUACCGGCAAUGGGCCCUAUCGUUCGGACGUCCCAGCCGUGAGUAGCAGAAGCCUGGAUCCAAAUAAUAUGUUUGCAAUUGCUCAUACCGGCGUGACAACUGGUACCAAAGUAAUGGUAAACAGCAUGUCAAGGGAAAUCUAUCCAAUCACGUACGUUUAUGGCUUCAGCUCCAAGGGUUUCUCAUAUUUCGUAACGGUGCAGAAGAAGUUCACCGACCCACCAAAGCCAUUCAUAUCCAAACUAAUACGAAUAUGUCACGAAGAUGUACAUUAUUACUCGUACACUGAAGUACCAUUGGUAUGUCGGGCUCCAGAUGGCACAGAUUACAACCUGGCCCAGGCUGCCUAUGUAGGUAGGCCUGGUUCCGAACUAGCUGUUUCUUUAGGUAUUGCAGCGCAAGAUGAUGUUCUGUUCGCUGUAUUUGCGAAGUCAAAGGAUGAAUCUGAUAUUUAUAAUAAACCUAGUCCUAACUCUGCUCUAUGCGUAUAUGCAUUGUCAGCUGUACAUAGGAAGUUCACCCAGAACAUACAGCAUUGUUUCAAUGGGUUUGGUGACAGAGGACUUGAUUUCAUCAAUCCCAGUCAAAAUUGCAUGGUUACGCAAGUGCAAAUCAAUGAUGAUUUUUGUGGUAUGGACGUAAACACACCUCUUGGUGGAAGCAUGCCCAUCGAGGCCACUCCUGUUCUUACUUAUUCUGGACUCCUGCUGACAUCAGUUGCUGCAACUUCAACACAUGAUUACACAGUGGCUUUCAUGGGCACGGCUACAGGUCACUUGAAAAAGGCGGUUGUUGAAUCCGUAACCAGCGCAUUUGAAUAUAGUGAUCUUCAAAUAGACGAAAGCAAAUCUGUCAGUCCGGAUAUGUUGUUUGACAAAAAUAAAGAAUUCCUUUAUGUGAUGACUGAACGAAGGGUGACGAUGGUCAAAGUGCAAGAGUGUCUGGUCUACAAAACUUGCAGUGAAUGCUUAGAAGCGCAGGAUCCUUAUUGUGGUUGGUGCUCUCUUGAAAACAAGUGCAGCUUGAGAAGUGACUGCGCUGAAGCUGCUCAGGAUCCGCUUUACUGGUUAUCUUACAAAAGUGGCAAAUGUACCACAAUAACGAGUGUACAUCCUCCUCAAAUUCAAAGGACAACGGCAAGAAUUCUCAACUUGGUAAUUGAUAAUUUGCCAGUUUUGGAAGGACAGUUUUUCUGUGCUUUCACUGCCCUGGGGAAAACCCUAGUAACAAACGCAUCUCGUUCAGCCAACGGAGUAAGUUGCGCUACGCCGCAUACCGAUUCCCUUCCACCAAUUCCACCGACACAACAUCAUUUUACGGCUAAAUUAUCUGUACGAAUGAAGAUUGGUCCUGAUUUCGUUGCUACAAACUUUACAUUUUACGAUUGCAGCACUUAUACAUCAUGUACUCAAUGUGUCUCCAGUCCUUUCCCGUGCGACUGGUGCGUCGGAGGACAUCGAUGCACUCAUGACACUGGAGAAAACUGUCGCAAUGACAUAUUAGUGACUGGCAUUUCGAGUAUUGGUCCCAGCAUUAGGUCUGGUCCUGGUUUCUGUCCGAGAAUAAAUACAACGACUGGAGGUUCUAUUGAAAUUUUAGUACCGUCUGGCAUCAGUAAACGAAUUCAAGUAAAAGUCGAUAAUAUUCAGCCCAUUAUUGCGUCAACUAGAUUUGUAUGCCAGUUUAACAUUGAAGGAAGAGUUAGACAAGUACAUGCACAACUUUUAGGUGACACAAUAUAUUGUGAGCCGAUGGUGUUUGCUUAUGGAACUCAAGCACCCAAUAUUACGACGGCUUUUGCUGUUAUUUGGGAUGGCAGUAAGCCGUUAGACAAUCCCGAAAACAUUCAUGUUUUGGUUUAUCGAUGUCAAGGAAUGGCACAGAAUUGUGGAAUUUGCUUAGAACUUCCGGACAAAUAUGCUUGCGGGUGGUGUCAGGACCCGCCAUCUUCAUGCCAAGUUCACGAGCAAUGCAGUGCAGAUCCAACUCAGUGGUUAGAUCACAGUCAAACAUGUCCAGAUCCGAAAAUAACGAAGUUUUACCCAGAGUCAGGACCUUGGGAGGGUGGUACUAAUAUAACCAUUGAAGGGAUCAAUCUCGGUCGUGUAUUUGAAGAUGUAGCUGGUGGAGUAAAAGUUGUAUAUGAUGCUGAUGGUAGAACCAUUGCAGAAUGUCUACCUCACAAAGAAAAUUAUAGAAAAACGAGCAAGAUUGUAUGCCAAGUGGAAAGUCCUCGCAAUUUAACAACUGGUCUCGGUAGAGGUUCGAUUGCUGGUCCAAUUGUUGUCAAAGUUCAAAAUGAUUACAUUGCAAGGUCAAAGAAACAUUAUUCAUUCGUUAAUCCAAGAAUUACUUCGGUAGAACCAAGCAAAGGUCCAAAAUCUGGCGGAACACGCUUAAGAAUUUGGGGAUUGCAUAUGGAUGCCGGAAGCAGAGCUGAAGCUUUUGUAGACGGUUUGGAGUGUAAAGUUACCGGAAGAAGAAGAAACUGUGUCGAGUGCAUUACUUCUGCUUCAAAAGAAAAAGGUCCAGGGAAAGUCCGAGUAAAAUUCGACAAUGGAUUGAGAAUAUUUGAAGAUUACAAUUUCCUGUACGUGGAUGACCCAAUAAUUCAACAUGUUGAAUCAGGUUCAGGACAACGAGGAACUCCAAAGGGAAUACCGAGUGGCGGGAUUAGCAUAACUGUCCAUGGAACGAAUUUAAAUGCAGUUCAAGAGCCGAUGAUGUACGUUUUAGUUGACAGCCAAGAAUACACUAGUCCCUGCAAAGCUGAAUCUGCUACCGAAAUGAAAUGUCGAAGCCCAGCUGUACCGCCUUCUAAAAUUGAUUUCUCUGGCGAAGAAGCUGUUGAACUUGAUUUUGGAUUUCUUAUGGACAGUGUUGAAAGAGUAAAAAAUCUGAGUGAAAGACCAGGUUUCCCUAAGUUUUACAUGUAUCCGGAUCCUGUGUAUUAUAAAUUCACUGAAGAAAACAACAUCAAAUACUACAAAAGCGAUUACUUAACAAUAAAUGGCCAAAACUUGGACCGAGCUUCUCAAGAGUCUGAUGUGAUUGUGCGAAUUGGAACUAGCUACUGCAAUGUUACAUCUUUGUCUCGGUCCCAACUAACUUGUCGACCACCAACUUCUCAACCGUUAGCUCGUGAUGCUGCUGGGUUCCCCGUUCCGGGUCAACUUCCCGAAGUUGUUGUGGAAGUUGGCGACAUAUUGAAAUUUCCUAUUGGAAAGUUGAGUUAUGAAUUACCGUCAUCUCAUGAUAGUGCUCUGUCCAAACCUGUCAUCAUUGGUGUUAUAGUUGGCGGCUGCAUUCUUGUUAUUAUAGUCAUUAUUAUUUUGAUUGCUUACCGUCAGAAAUCAACAGAAAGUAGUCGUGUAUUGAAGAACAUGCAAGAACAAAUGGAUGUGUUGGAAUUGAGAGUAGCAAGUGAAUGUAAAGAAGCUUUUGCUGAGUUGCAAACAGAAAUGACAGAUUUGACUAGUGAUUUGACUGCUGGCGGCAUUCCAUUCUUGGAUUAUCAGAGUUAUGCAAUGAAAGUUCUGUUCCCGAAUUCUGAUGAUCAUCCUGUUCUGAGAGAAAUGCAGCUUGAUCCACUGAAAAAAUCCUACAUUGAAAAGGGUCUACGCCUCUAUGGUCAGCUGAUAAUGAAUAAAAUUUUCCUUCUGUUAUUCAUAAGAACUCUGGAAUCUAAUCGUUACUUUUCUAUGAGAGACAGGGUUAAUGUUGCAUCAUUAAUCAUGGUGACUCUUCAAGGAAAGAUGGAAUAUUGCACGGACAUUCUGAAAACCUUACUUGCUGAAUUGAUUGAAAAAUGCAUUGAAGGAAAAAGUCAUCCCAAACUUUUAUUAAGGAGGACUGAAUCAGUUGCUGAGAAAAUGCUGUCGUCUUGGUUCACGUUUUUGCUGUACAAGUUUUUGAGGGAAUGUGCUGGCGAGCCUUUAUUUAUGCUUUACCGUGCAAUAAAACAGCAAGUUGAUAAAGGGCCAGUUGACGCCAUUACUAGUGAGGCAAGAUACUCCCUGUCUGAGGAAAAACUGAUCAGGCAGUCAAUUGAAUACAAAAGCAUGACUGUUUAUGUAUCCAUGUCUCUUCAAACUCAAUAUGUGUCUGGGCUAGAACCACCUGGAGAAAAUAUUGAAACCCCUGUAAAAGUUUUGGAUUGCGACACAAUUCUACAAGUGAAAGAAAAGGCUUUAGACACUAUCUAUAAAAGCACUCCAUUUACUCAAAGACCGAGCAAAGAAGAUUUGGAUCUUGAAUGGAGAACUGGUACUUCAGGACGUCUUACUUUGUCCGAUGAAGAUGCAACAACAAAACAAGAUGGAGAGUGGAAACGGCUCAAUACUCUUGCUCAUUACAAGGUUCCAGAUGGUGCUCUCUUGACUCUAGUGCCAAAACAGUCGUCCAUGUACAAUCUCUCCAUUAUGACAGAUAAGGUUGACAGACAUAAAUAUGAGACUCUAAACUUUUCUCUUAAAACAAGUCCUACUCUUAGUCGUGCUACUUCACCGUUAAAUCAUGAUCCAGAAUCUGGCUACAAAUACUGGCAUUUGGUAAAACACCAUGACGCAGAAAAUAAUAAGGAAGGUGAGCGAGGGAACAAAAUGGUGUCUGAAAUCUAUUUAACUCGUCUUUUAGCGACUAAGGGUACCUUACAGAAAUUUGUAGAUGACUUGUUUGAGACGAUUUUCUCUACUGCCCACAGAGGGAGCGCUUUACCUCUUGCAAUAAAAUAUAUGUUUGAUUUCUUAGAUGACCAAGCUCUAAAUCAUGCAAUUUCUGAUCCUGAAGUUGUUCAUACAUGGAAAUCAAACAGCUUGCCAUUGAGGUUUUGGGUAAAUCUAAUAAAGAAUCCUAAUUUCGUGUUUGAUAUUUACAAGACAAACAUUGUGGAUUCUUGUCUAUCUGUGGUAGCUCAAACAUUCAUGGAUGCAUGUUCAACAUCUGAACAUAGAUUAGGAAAAGAUUCUCCUAGUAGCAAACUUCUUUAUGCCAAAGAUAUACCAAUCUACAAAGAUUGGGUGGAGAGAUAUUAUCAAGAUAUCCAACUUAUGCCAGCAAUAAGUGACCAGGAUAUGAAUGCCAUGCUCGCCGAAGAAUCCAGGCUUCAUGCACACGAGUUCAAUACAAAUGUGGCCUUGUAUGAGCUCUAUAGUUAUGCAGUCAAGUACAAUGAUCAGCUAAUGCAAACGUUAGAAGAAGAUGAAUUUUCAAGAAAGAACAAAUUGGCUUGGAAAUUAGAACAAGUGCAUGCAAUAAUGAGCGGAGAAUCAGAAGCAUGACAGUAUUACUGGCAAUCCGUGGACGUGUGACGCUAUUAAUGUCCCAGUGUGCUUUGUCAAACCUUCACCGAUUGCCACGGCUCGGUUACAAGGACUUGCUGCCACUUGUUGGGAUCCUCCGUUCUACACAAUUAGGAUACCCUCUGAGGUGCGAAUGGGUGCAAUAAAUUACAUUUUCACCCUUUGCCCCCAGUUCCUAGACAGCAACGAAAAAUCAUUAUGAAUGAAUGAAUCUUUUAGGUACUGAAAACACUGUGCGCUGGACAACAGGAUAAAAACUUGUCACAAAAAAUAGCCAGCCUGCUUUCGGAUGCAAUGUGAAUAUUUGUAGAAAUUAAAUUGUUGUGUAAAUGCAGGCACCUAGUGAGUCAAGCUCAAGCUCAUUAUAUUGGUUAUGGUGCCAAAUUAUGGCAAGCAUUUCUGUUUGUUUUCAAUAGUUGGCCCUUUUUGGAUGCACCUAGUCUUUUACUAUUGUUCAUCCCCUCUUUGCAUCCCCCGCUAAAAAAAUUAUUAUCUCACGAUCAAAUGUUCACCAACUGCAUGUGCAACUUCCAGUGCCUUUGUAAUGCAUGCUUCUGAGUUCUUUUGAAAAUUAGAAGCCAUUCCAGUUUUACCCUUAGUAGCCUUGACCUUGAGUCUUCCACUUUGUGUUCCUUGUCUAUGAACAAAGACUUGUUUAUUUAUCUCAUUAUUUAAGGGGCCUUCGUGAGUUGGUAUGAUGUUUGGAAACAAAUAAUGAACUGAAAACCAAUGAAAAAUUAAACAAGGCAAUAUGUAGAAAUAUAUAUCUAUAUCUAUAUAUCUAUAUUAUACAAUCUUACAUAUACAUACAUAUAAAUGUAUAGAUGAAAAUUAACGCAUAUAUAUUUGUAUGUAUGUAUAUGUAUACGUACACGAACACAUCUGUGCACUAUCGCUACACGUGGUUACUGUUGCAUUUUAAGGCACGGAAUAGGAACAAUUUACAGUGCCCAUACAAAGUAGCCAAUAGAACGUAGUUCAUCUACCAAAAUCUAGUUCCCAGUUUUAAGGACUGCACUGUGAUAGACUUUUUAUUUUCUCUCACCCCAUUAAUGCCCAUUCCAUUUGUUUUAUACACUUCCAUGUAAUUUUGUUCCACAAAAUAUGUGCAAAUAAGUAUAAAUGUGACAGAAGGAGAAACAAGAAUCCUUCAUCUUCACCAUUUGCAAGCUAUACAUGAUGAACUGUCGUCCAAAAAGACAACUAAUUUCAUCCAAAUUGAAGAAGGUUGUAAUCUGAUGUGACUUUUGAAUUGUGUGCCCUUUCUUUUCAAGUCUAUGUUUAUGCACAGAAAGAGCUCAGUGGAAAGAACAGUGGCACAUCUAUCACCAAACUGCUUAUGCAUUCAAACUUCCUGGGAAAAAAACACCUAAAAAUAUGCUAAGUAGUGAUACCAAAGUCACAAGGGUUUAUGUGCUUAGAGGAUGAAAGUUAAGCAAAAGACACUUUUUUGGUACAACCUUAAACUUUGUAAUAUAUUUAUAGCAUAUUUUUAUUAUGAUGUUGAUUUAGAGCCUCUACCUUGCUCAAAAUGAUUUCCUGCAUUAAAUUGACACCAACAAUAAAAAGAGGUGGUACAAUUUAAUAUGUUGCUCCUCCUACAUAUAAGAUUUUUCAGUUUAGAUGAUUGGUCCCAAUUUUCAGCACACAAAUUGUUUCAUAAUGCAGGUAAUUACAUGACCAAAUCACGAAUGUUUCUCACAAAAUUUCUACGUGUAUUCAAGUUUUUAAUAAAAUGUAAUAAACAUGA